CCAGUGGUUUGCUCCUCCUCACUCCAGCUGAUCGGCCCAGCUUCCCCGGUGGCUCUGCCCGUCGUUGGCUUUGACAGGCCCCGACCUCCACUAAAACUGGAUUAAUUCCUCGUGAUAACCGGCCGCUCGUGUCGGCAGAGUUAUUCAUUUUAGGCCGAAACUUUGAGAAUUAAUUCGACUCGAGUAGAGACUUUUAAAGGCCCGGCUAGUUGAACGCAAAUAGGCCUUCACUCCAUCCACGGAUUCACCUGCUACGCGGAGAGCUUGUCACGGAAGACCGAUAUGGGGGACACCGGGAGCGAGGGUAGCAAGGGUCCGAACAACGUCAAAGUUUUACCCCCGCGCUGCCCGUGUGGAUUCUGGGGGUCGAGCAAAACUAAGAAUCUCUGCUCAAAAUGUUUUGCAGACACUGAGAAGAAACAGCCAAACGAUGAUUGUGCCCCAAAGACCUCUUCAAGCACCAGCAGCAGUCAAACGGACAUGUUCUGUACUGAAACAAACAACAGCAUUAGUCAGACCCUGAUGUCAAGAUCCAACACUUCAGAAGAACCUUUGCCAGGAGAGGCUGAAGUGGCAUCUGUUCAUAUUCAGAAUGGACUAUCCAACACAGAUGCUGUCUUGGCUUCACUUUCCACUCCCACAAAACGUUCAUAUGAAUCUGCCUCAGAGUCAGAAAGUGACUCUUCACCAGAGAAGCGAGCAAGGGUGGCUGAGGUCCCAGAGGGUGAGGAGUGUUCAUCGUCGUCAUCAUCAUUGUCAUCUUCGCCAUUUUCUUCUCGUAGCGGCUCUAAACAGCGGAGCCGCAAACGUUGCCAUCGCUGCCAAACUAAACUGGAGCUAGUACAACAAGAACUGGGCUCCUGUCGCUGUGGCUUCAUCUUCUGCAUGCUCCAUCGUCUUCCUGAGCAACACGAUUGUCUCUUUGACCACCAGGGACGCGGGCGUCAGGAGGCUGUGCUCAAGAUGGUCAAGCUCGACCGUAAAGUGGGCCGCUCGUGCCAGCGCAUUGGGGAGGAAUGUUCGUGAGAAGCCAUUUUCCCCAGAGGAGCCUUGGCUUUCAGACGGUGUCUCAACGCUAACAGGGAUAUGAUUUUUCUCUUCUUCUUUAAUUCUUCAGGGUUUUCCACUAGUUUAUUUAUUUUUAUUAUUAUUAUUUUGGUUUUGAAUACAAACCUCCAUUUGGUCUAUUUUAAAAUCGGCUUUUGCUAAAUUCUACCCUUACUUUCAACCUAUUUGCAUCCUGCUCCUCUUGGUCUGAUCAUAUCCCGUUUGCUUAAGAUGCCUAUUGGAAACAAAACAGAUCUAAUAGCCUGAACAUUUUAGAGAAAGGAAAUUCUAUUUUCUUUUUGUGGAGCUCUUGACUACAAAUCUAUGAAUGGUGUGAAAACAUACAAAGGGAUGUCAAGAUGAUACACAGCCCAUAUAUUUGUGUUGGAAACCAGACUGUACUCUUUACCUCAGAAAAAAGAAUGAUCAGGAGGAGAAAAAGGAGAAAGAAUUGGUCGUCCUUCUUGCACACUUUGGCUUUGGCGCUGUUUCUUGACUCUGCUCUUUACCUCAGAAUCCAGACCAGAGCUUCUUUGUACCCUGCGCCAAGUAUGGACUUUGUGAGGCUAUCUAGUUAUCCGGCCUCGGUUCAUGUCACGUCUAACCCACACUGACCAUCCAGCUCUUAUAACCAUAAACCGUUCAGAAAGACAAACCGCUAAUAAUCCCCCUCCUCAGGAUACUCGAAGCUCACCCUGCCCUCACCCUCCCAUUAGCUUGCUUCCUUUUUCUCUGCUCUACAGAACACCCAUUUAUUCAUUUGAUUCCAGAUUGUUUAAAAUUGAAGGUGCUUCUGCCACAGUGGACUAAAAAAAAAGUGUCUGGACACUUAAUGGUCCAUAAUCAGGACCUGCAGACUGUGCCGGAUGCAAACACAUGGGGACAGCAAACUCCUUGUUCUUGGAUUAUGUAGGCUAGACUUCAGCAUUGGAAAGGGGCUUUGGAUUUAUUUUUUUUUAUUCAAUCCGCUUAUCCUCUCCUUAUCUUUCACAUGUAGGCAUUUCUUCUUCAAAUCCCUGUUCUUUAAUCAAGUAUGAGGCUUUUGUGUGCUUGCUGUAUACAAAAUUGAAAAAGACUUGUUUUAAGGACACAAGAGACAGUGUGCUAAUGAAAAAUGCCUGGACCUGGAAGGUUUGCACCUUUACAUCCCGAAGACUUUCGAUGGAGGACUGAAGCUACGUUAAGCAACGGAGGGGUUCCUGUUUUGGACUGAACUGUUUAUUCAGGUCUUAUACCUCAUGUUUUAGCCCUUAACUGCUGGUUAGCUUCCAUGUCGGCAUUAAAGCAAGAUAUCAUUGACUUUCUCUCCUUUUAACCAAUAUAAUAAUAAUCCUCAAUAGAAUAUUUGAUUUUCAUUUAGCAGGAUGAUUACAUGCAACUUUCUCCCAUUUUCCACACCUUUUGUCAUUUAGUUGUUUUUCCUCUUUCCUCCACUUUGGUUUGCCGUAACUGAGGGAACAGAACUGUGGUGAGCAAGUUGUGUGAAAUACAAAUUGGCUGUAGUUGCCUUUGAAAUCUUUUCUUGUGGAAAGACUGUGGAGAGAAUAAUAAGAAAAUAAAAUAAAUUUGUGUAUCUUAAA